AUGAACAUCAAGAAACAGCAAAGAGCGCGCCGAACCAAGGCCGUCCGCGCCCUCACAGACUACUUCCAGAAACGUAACUUCAUCGUCAAGCUCUGCCGCGCCCUCAUGCUCUACGGCGCCCCAACCCACCGCCUCGAAGAAUACUGCUACCAGACCGCAAACAUGUUCACCAUUAAAGCGAGUUUCCUCUACUUACCCGGCUGCAUGUUUUGCUGCUUCAAAGACGAGGCGGCCAUGACGUCCGAUAUCGAGUUUAUCCGUGUUCCCGCUGGUAUCGAUUUGUGGAAGUUGAGGCAGGUGCAUUUAAUCUACAAGGAAGUUGUGCAUGAUGAGUUGGAUGUUGGACAGGCGGCGAAGCGGCUUGAGAAGAUUAUGAAGGCGCCGCCGCUUUACAACAUUUAUUUCAUUCUGUUUUUCUGGGGGUUUGCAAGUGCCUGGGUUGGCUUGUUCGCGUUCACGGGACGCUGGAUUGAUAUGCCUAUUGCGUUUGCGUUGGGCAUAAUUGUGGGCUUCUUCCAAUUAGUGGUGGCCUCCCGCGUCCGCAACUUUACGAACAUCUUCGAGGUGCUGGCAGCGUUCAUCACCUCAUUUCUUGCUCGAUUGUUGGGAUCGAUCGUGGUUAAUGGUGAACACGUCUUCUGUUAUGCCAAUCUCGCGGCGAGUUCGAUCGCCCUGAUUCUUCCUGGUUAUAUCGUGCUCACGGGAGCUCUCGAAUUACAGUCGAGAAACAUUAUCGCUGGUUCUAUUCGGCUUAUUUGGGCGUUAGUUUACUCCCUCAUGUUGGGUUACGGCAGUGCGCUUGGUAGCGUUCUCUCCGGAGUGAUUGGGAAGUAUUGCAUCAAGGAAACUGUUCAUUUCAGUCUCAUUACGGAGACAACCUGCACGGAACACCUGGUCAGUCCAUGGUUUCGCUUCAUCAUUAUCCCGAUGUUCACGUUGUGUCUUCUUAUCGUGAACCAAGCGCAUCCAAGACAAUGGUUGCCGACGAUCAUCAUCUCCAGUGCCGGAAACGCUGUCGGUUACUUCGUGGGUAAGGUCAUCACCGAGUCCAGUAUUUCGGGUGCCGUUGCUGCUUUCGUGGUGGGUGUUUUGGGAAACAUUUAUUCGCGUGUAUGGCAAGGUCUGGCAUUCACCGCUGUUCUUCCAGCUAUCUUCGUGAUGGUGCCGUCGGGUCUUUCUGCCCAGGGUGGUAUCGUUGGAGGACUUCAGGCGUCAGAGAGCGUGACGAAUGGUACUACGACUACUUCGGUGUCGUACGAUAAUGUUGGAUGGGACCUUGGAGUGAACAUGAUCCAGGUUGCCAUUGGUAUCACGGUUGGCCUGUUCCUCGCCUCCUUAAUUACGUACCCUUAUGGCAAGAAGCGCUCCGUUGCGUUCGCCUUCUAA